CGUGCUCGUGGACGGCGAACGGUGACUGAGACUGGGGAGGUCAUCCUUCUAGGGCAAAGGGAUAUAAGCGGGCACUCGUCGACGUCUACUCAAACAACAACAGCACUCUCCAAACACCCUCUCUGCUCAACUCUCACACAAGAUAUCAUGUCCAAGCCCGUGUUGUACGUCUUCCUUCCUUCGGUUUGGGCUAAGGUGCCGGAGCUCGCGCUCGUCGCGCUUGGCUAUCCAUCCGAUGCAGUCGAGAAGAAGAGCAUUAACCUUGUCGAGGCAGAGAACCUUUCCCCCUCAUUCGUCGCCAUCUCCAAUCCUGCCACCCUUCCCGUGCUAACCGUCGAUGGUACCUCGUACACCUCCACAAUCGACGUGACGCGCUACCUCGUCGAGCAUGCGCCUACCCCGCACAAGGCAGGAACGCACCAAGCGUUAAUCGACGCUAUACACGCAGAUGGGAUCGACCCGAACUUCCCCUUUGUCGGCGCGCGUUGUCAAGCAGAGCUCGAGGCCAAACGUGCCGCCUUCCCAGGAACGUUCAUCAAGACCCGAUAUGCUGCUGUAACCAAGUUCAACGAGGAUGCAGACGAGGAGCUUAAGGCGUACUACGCGACCAAGCUGCCUACUCUUGGGUACUUGAACUCGAUCUACACCGAUGCGCCACAAGACAAGGUGGACGCGUUUGUCGACACGAGCGUGAAGCACAUGCAGAGGGUGAAUGAGUUCAUCCUUCAUACCCUGCCUACCUGCCUGCCGGAAUCUGGGUUCGUCGAGGGUUCAACACCUGGAGAAGCGGACUUCCACCUCGCAGCUUGGAUCGCUAGGAUCUCCCUGCUUGCUGGGGCUCCUACCGCUGCUGAGGCCCAGGGCGCACUGGAGAAGGAGCUGGGGGAGAAGCUGCCGGAGAAGGUGGCGAAGUAUAUCGAAGCUUGGGCGGGGACGGAGGCGUGGAAGGAGGUGUAUGCUGAUGGGCUGCAUUGAGUCGGCACUGAAUGCGCGUGUGUUGUAGAUCCUCUCCAUUAUAUUGC